CGGCUGGUGUGGAAGCGUGUACGCAAGCGUGGGAACCGUGCACGCGCGUGUAUAGACGCAAGGCGUCUGCGCGGAUCCGAGGCCUCGCUGGAUAGCGGAGCGAAAGCUACAACCGCCGGGAACAGCAGCCUGUUCUGAAGCUGGAUGGAUUGGGCUUUGAAGAGAAAUGACUGACCAGGAGAAUAACAAUAACAUAUCUAGCAACCCCUUUGCAGCUCUGUUCAGUUCCGUGGCUGAUGCCAAGCAAUUUGCCUCUGUCCAAAAGCAUCAUAUCCCUGAAGUCCCACCAGCCCAUCCAGGAUCUACAGAAGAAGCUUUUGACAGUGAAGAUUCUGACAUCAGUAGUAUUGAGAGCAUUGACAAUGAUUCGAUUACAGAUUCGAAUCGUGCAUUUCGUUCCCAAAAGGAGAUAUGUGAACAACUCAACAUCAACCACAUGCUUCAGCGCAUCUUUCUUAUUACACUUGACAACAGUGGUCCGAUUUUGAAGGGAGGGAAUGGAAUUCCACCACGCUGUGUGUUUUUGGAGGAUAUGGCAAUGGAUUUGGAUGGGCAGGACUGGCUUGAUAUGAACAAUGUUGAACAGGCUUUGUUUAGCCGAAUGCUGAUUCCAGAACCUGGAACUCAUUUGAUAUGGAUGACACCAGGAAACAUUAUUAAUGUAACUGCUGAUCGAGAUGCUGGAGAGAAGGAAGUCAUGAAAUACCUGUUUGCUUGUUUCCAAAGAGUGAAAGGCGAGAUUACAAAGGUCCCAGAAAACCUAUUGACAUAUGCUGUUCGUUGUAAGGCCUUGACUGUGUCUAAUGCACACACUGCCCUUCUCACACCUGAGAUCUAUGUCAAUCAGAAUAUCUCCGAACAAGUCGUUGAUUUGCUUCUAGAAGGAGUAAGUGGACCACAGUUUGAAGAUGUUGCUGAGUUCAUGGAUGAAGUCAUAGUUAUGUUAAAGGCAGAUGAAGAGGUCAGGACAUUCAAUGAAGUCAUAUUUCCAGUGUUGGACAUAUUAUUGCACCGUAUUAAAGAAUUGGAUCUUUGCCAUGUAAUGCUGUACAGCUAUCUGGAUAUUCUUCUUUAUUUCACUCGACAGUUUGAUCUAGCACAAGCUUUCUUGACAUACAUUGAACCAAAGGAUCCAAAAAAUGGUAACAUGUACCAGCAGACCCUGCUGGGAACUGUCCUGAACAUUUCUUGUUUGCUGAAGACUCCAGGAUUGGUGGAAAGUCACUUAUAUUUUUUGAGCCCAUCACGGUCUGGUCCUCAGGAAAUAAAAGUUCAAGAGUCAAAUAUUCACCAGUUCAUGGUUCAACUUCAUGACAAAAUUCAUCAGAUUCUGCGGAACCUCAUCCAGCUUUCUCCGGAUACAAAACAUGGCAUCCUCUCUUGGCUUGGAAACUGUUUCCAUGCCAACUCUGGGCGGACAAAAAUCUGGGCCAACCAGAUGCCAGAUCUCUUCUUCCAAAUGUAUGCAUCGGAUGCCUUCUUCCUGAACCUUGGUGCUGCUUUGCUGAAACUCUGCCAACCUUUCUGCAAACCAAAGUCACCGAAGCUUCUAACGUUUAACCCUACUUACUGUUCAUUGAAAGAACUGAAUGAAGAAGAACGGAAAAGUAGAAAUGUGCACAUGAAAGGUUUGGAUAAGGAGACCUGCUUGAUUCCAGUGCCACAGGGACUCGAACCACCAUUUGCUGAAACAUACAACUUGGUCACAGAGAAUUUAAUCUUGACUCAGUUUGCUUUGCGUUUGGGUUUUCACAGAUUGCAUGAUCAAAUGAUAAAGAUGAACCAGAGUCUGCACCGGCUGCAAGUUGCCUGGAGGGAAGCACAGCAAUCUUCCAAUCCAGCUGCAGACAAUCUGCGUGAGCAAUUUGAACGGCUGAUGACUAUAUACUUAUCAACUAAAGCAGCAGCCACAGAGCCACAGAUGCUCCAGAAUUGUAUGAACCUGCAGAUCUCCAGCUCAACAAUAUUGGUCCAGUUUUCGCUAGGCAAUCAAGGAACAGAAUACAUGGAGGUGAAAUUCCCUCUUCUGGAAGUGGAAUACUGCAUGCUUUCUCAUGUUCCAGAAUUCUUUGCUGAAAAUCUGGGAGAUUUUUUCAUCUUCUUACGAAGAUUUGCAGAUGACAUUCUGGAAACUACAGGCGAUUCCCUGGAACAGCCUCUAAACUUUGUCACUGUAUUCAUGGGUAACGUAGAGAGGAUGAAGAACCCUCACUUGCGAGCAAAGCUGGCUGAGGUGCUUGAGGCUGUGAUGCCUCACAUGGAGCAAGUGCAGAACCCAAUGAUUAGCAGCAUGUUCAACCGAGAACGGGUCUUCUCCUCCUUUCGGCAAGCAUAUUAUCUCGCUGAAGCUCUUAUUAAAGUGUUUGUGGACAUUGAAUUCACAGGAGAUCCACAUCAGUUUGAACAAAAGUUUAACUAUAGACGACCUAUGUACCCUAUCCUAAAGUACAUGUGGGGAUAUGAUAACUACAGACAAAGCAUCAAGAAUUUAGCUGACUAUGCUUUUGACAACUUGGAGGCAAUGAACCCUCCUCUUUUUCUGCGAUUUCUCAAUUUGCUCAUCAACGAUGCCAUUUUUCUGUUGGAUGAAGCCAUCCAGUUUUAUUAUAUUUUACAGUAUUUGAGCAAGAUUAAGAUUCAACAAAUUGAGAAGGAUCGAGGAGAAUGGAAUAAUUUGCCUCCUGAAGCUCGUAGGGAAAAGGAGGGAAACCUUCAGAUGUUUGGACAACUUGCACGUUUCCACAACAUUAUGUCCAAUGAAACAAUUGGAACAUUGGCCUUUCUCACUUCAGAAAUCAAGGCCUUGUGUGUGCAUCCCAUCCUUGCUGAGCGGAUCAUCUCGAUGCUGAAUUACUUUCUUCAGCACUUAGUGGGGCCUAAAAUGGGUGCCCUGAAAGUCAAGGAUUUCAGUGAAUUUGACUUUAAGCCUCAACAGUUGGUGUCUGAUAUUUGCACCAUCUACUUGAACUUGGGAGCAAAGGAUGAUUUCUGUGCUACGGUACCAAAGGAUGGGCGCUCCUAUUCCCCUAUGCUAUUUGCACAGACAGUGAGAGUAUUGAAAAAGAUCAACAAGCCUGGCAACAUGAUCAUGGCAUUCAGUGAACUGGCUGAUAAAGUAAAGUCCCUUGCAGACCUACAACAGCAGGAAGAGGAGAUAUUCGUAGAUGCACCGGAUGAAUUUCUCGACCCAAUAAUGAGCACACUGAUGACUGAUCCAGUUUUACUGCCCUCCUCUAGGGUGACAGUUGAUCGGUCAACUAUAGCUAGGCAUCUCCUCAGUGACCAAACAGAUCCGUUCAAUCGUAGCCCACUCACAAUGGAUCAGAUCAAACCAAACUCAGAAAUAAGAGAGAAAAUUCAGCAGUGGCUGGCUGAAAGGAAACGACAAAAGGAUCAAAAUGGGCAGAUUUAGAAUGAUAAAGCAAGAAGAUAGAUGGUGUGCAUAGUUAUGGGACAUUUACUGCUGACUAUACCUGCCUAUCACACCAGGACUGUCCAGGGAUUAUACCUUAAUGGCAUAUCUUAAUCCGACUUCACAAUCCUUGUUUAGUACGAAUCAAUUUAGUGAAUGUUCUUCUUGUAACUGUGCAAGAGUUUGGCCCAGCACAGUUUCACUUUUGCUCUUAAGCAGCCAACUGCCAGCUUUAGCAAAUAGUAUCCAGUGUUUUCCUUAUGAGUUGGCUGACUGGAAAUCAGUACGUGCAGAGGACCUUAACAUAAGUUAAAUGAGUGACGAGUUCAUGACUAACAAGAUGGCUGCUUGAGUUGGUGUAUUGAAAUUAUGAACAUUGAAAUUAUGCUUUGCUAUUAUAAUCUUCAAGCAUUGUGCUUUUGUGAAAUUCAUUUUCCAUUUAUUUCAAUGGGCCUCUUAACUUAUUAUGUGGGAGUAGAGAUUCUACUUAAAUAGCCCAAAAAGAAAUAUGAUGGCUACUGCAGCACAACAUUAUUCCCAGGACUGUGUAUUUAUUUCUCUGUAACUUAUCAGAAUCACUUUUCUUUAAACUUUAACUGGAUGCUUGCUUUUCCAGCUAGAAGGGGAUGUAACGUGCGAAGCAACUAAUAGUAAUGCACCUAUAUUGGUGAAGUUGGUCUGUAUAAUCAUCAUGCCUCAAGACUAGUAUAUUUUCUAUAAUAAAUAAAUAAUAAUCUACAAAGAGGUGGGGUAAUCCCUAACAUGUUUAAGUUGUUUAGGGAAAAAUAUCAACUGGUGCUACAUCUGUCAUGCCAGGAAUUGCAUUGAGGAACAUCUGAAAAUUCCUUUUAUGAUGUUCAUGGUGCCAGAGGUGCGGUUGAAUCCCUCCAAACAUUGGCACGUUUCAGUGCAUCUGCAAGUAUUGUACACUGGGAACCCAACCCCAUGACUGCAAAGAAAAAUUAUAAUUUUAUCCACAUUUAAUGUACAGAACAGAUCACCUAUAUUAGGAAGUUAAUAUAAUGUACAGAAUGCUCAAUUUAGAAAAUAAUCAAUAGCUCUACUCCCAGACAAAUGAACUCAAUGAUAUCUGAAAUUAUGUAAUGUUCUUCUUCUCUCCCCGCUUCCUGGCAACACACUCAGUUGUUAAGCCAGAUAUUGUAGAAGGAAACCUUAAGCACUUGAAUUGGCCUUUGGCAGCUUAAUAAAAAUAUUUCCAUUGUAUGGUGCCUUUUCUCUCAAAGUCUGCAACAUAGAGAAAUGGCUUAUUUUGCUUAAAUGAAUUUCAACAGUUUUCUAGUAGGAAAUGCUGUCCAUGAGCAAGGUAAUGAUUUACUUUGAAGAUUCCUGUGCUUCCUCUUCAUUCUUCCAACUCAUUGGCCUCAAAGAUUGUGUUUAUCAUUAAUUGCUUAUUUCCAAGUCAUUACUUGACACUUUGGCCUAUUUCCUUAAUGAGCGUGAAUACUGGUUAUGCAAGCUUAUAUUAGGAUAAAUGAACAUUACCUAAAUUAUACAAGAUUAAUGCAAAAAAAUGCCAACUGAAAUAUGGAUGUCCAAGUUUAUGGAAACAUUUCCAGCCAAUUUCAGGUUUAUGGUUGUUAUUCAGCAACUCAACUGUUACCCUUGAGCGGUGAAUCCAAAUGAAUGGUGAAAGUUAUUUAAUGUAUUAAAAAUUAUUUGUAUUUUAAGUGUUAGAGAUUGUGGCAUAAGAAUAACACAAAAUAAUGUUUUUUAAAAUGUGUUUGUGUAUCUACUAGGUCUGGGUGGUGGUGUGCUCUGGCUUUGCUUUGAUCAUUUGAUUUUAUACUUUUGCGCACAUUUUAAAUCCACUGCCCCACUUACUGCCUUAAAAUACCGAUUAUGGGAUCUUGCAGGCCAUUUGUUCUGUUGAGUUGUGACACACUGAACUCCAUAUAUUUGGGCCUUUCAAGGAAAAAUUUAAAGGAUUUUCCUUUGACCUCUUAAUGCUUUCAUUUUGUUUCGUAAAAGGUCUGAGUGCUUUCUGUUUUUCGGUAGAGAUUUGUGGAGAUAGAGAUUGGAAGGAAGGAAGUACCGCAGAAUGCAAACAUUUAAUCCAUUAUUUUCCACUAUAGAAAUUCUUGCUUAAUGUAAGAUUAAAGCAGCCUUUAUUGUUGUUAAGGAAAACUUGAUCAUGUUUUACCCUCAGUUAGGAGAAUGCUAUAACUUCACACAACUUAGCUAACUGAGCACAAAUCCUUAUGUCAGAUCUAGCUUUGUGCUGUAUAGUUCUGGAGCCAUCCUGCUGUGUCAUUGGUGUUGGCUGAUUGGUCAUCAGGCUGAACCCUUAACUCUUUCUCUCCACAGAUACUUGAGUUCUUCCAGCAUUUUCUGUUUUAUUCUUGACUUACAGGAACUGUACUGUUUUACUUUUGGAAUACUUAUAAUCACCUGUGAACAUUAUUUGAAUGUUAACAUUAUGAGAUUACACCCAUUAUUUUGAAUUCUUAUCACAAUCGUGUAGAAAUUUUCACAGAAUAUUUGUAAGUUGCUUCCUUGAAGAUCUGAAUUGUACAGGAAUGAGCAAUGAUUUUGCACCUAUCCUACUUUUACAUCAUUGCUGGUUUCAUUAGUUUGUUCACUACUGUAGCCUUGACAGUAUACUGAAUGAAAGAUCAGGAUUAAAAAUUCAGGUAUGACUGCAUGCUUCAAAGAUGUAGUUACCUUGCUAUGCUUUGCAAUUUUGAUACACCAGCAUCGUCUAGAGGUUGGCAGGUAUUGAAGUUGUGAUACUGAAGGACUGGGAGAUGAAGUCAUUAUUGUUGAUCAUCAUGUUUCUGUGAAGACCGCUAGAAUUAUUAUUCAGAAGGGAAAGAGAUGGGUAAAUCUUACCCAAUUUUUUGAAAGGUGAGGCAUAUGCAUAGAGAUGCUUUAAAUUUACCUGUAAGCAUGGAAGUAAUUCAUAAGUUGACACCAUUGUUCAUUAAAAACUUUAUUCAAUAUCAAAAUUCCAAAGUAGAUCAACAUUAUUGUAUUUUAUUUAUUCGUAUCAAUAUCUUGUCAAGUAUUAAAUGUGAUUGGUGUCGUGUUCUUGAUGGCAUUGAAGCUGGUGAAUGCGAAAAUUGCAUUAUCUGCUACAUUCUCUGUUCAGUAUCUUUCUGCGUCAUGUUGCUC